UGUCAAAAUCUUGACUGAGUCUGUGUGCCACAUUAAAAAGUAACGAUUUAUUUAUUUUUAUUUGAACGUUAAUCUAAUGAAAACUGCUAUCGCUCUAAAUAUGCACAAAAUUUGUGUAGUAAUUAAAUAAUCAGUGACGUGACCUCGGUUUCUAAGUGAAAACAACAUGAUAACGAAAUUAAAACACAAAAUGAGUGGUCUCACAAUAUUAGCGAAAUCAUGAAACAAAAAUAUGUUUAUUCUAAACAAAAUUGAAAUAACACUAGCAGUAAUGUCGCGAAGAUCAAUAUUUUUGCUGGCGGCCGCGGUGGUGAUGUUGUAUUUCUCGAUAAUAUUGUUUAUGUUGAAUCCGCUGCACGGGUCGAGAGGUGGUUACUAUGGAGGCGGAGGGUAUAUGAGUAACUUCGCGUAUCGCCAUGAGCCGCCUGUGAACUGGUGCAGCGAGCUGCGCUGGCGGUCUCCGCCCUCGCCUGACGUGGUCGCGUUGGUGUCGUACCCUGGCAGUGGUAACACAUGGCUCAGAUAUCUAUUACAACAAGCUACAGGUAUACUUACUGGCUCAAUAUACAUGGACUAUGGGUUAAGAGUGCACGGCUUUCCCGCUGAGAAUGUAACUGACGGAUCAGUACUAGUUGUGAAGACACAUGCAGUGCCAACGGAAUCAGAUAAAUUCAAAUCUGCUAUACUUCUGAUAAGGAACCCAAGGGAUGCCAUAUUGGCUGACUUUCAUAGACUCCACAGAGGGCACAUAGGAACAGCACCAAAAUCUGCAUUCAAAAAGAAAUCACACGAAAAUAAGAAAUCAGGUACUGAUUGGGCCACAUACGUAUCAACGCAGCUGACGGCAUGGGAGACACUACACGAGAUGUGGCUGACGAGGUUCCCGGGGCCGCUGCACAUUGUGUUCUAUGAAGUCCUGGUGCGAGACACCCGGAACUCGCUGCAAGGGAUACUGGAUUUCUUGAAUUUUAAUGUCACUGAGGCGGACAUGAAUUGCGCGAUGGCCAACAAGGAAGGCAUAUACAGACGCAAGAAGAAGCACCAGGACUUCGAGCCUUUCACAGCAGAUAUGUACAAAGCAUUAGACCAGGUGAGGAACAAAGUGCUCAGUAUGGUCAUGGACUAUAAGAAGAAACAUCAUGAACCUAUGACCGUAGGAUAAAGGACAUAGAUUAUAUUAUUGUAACGUCAAAAAGGUGGGUACAAAAAGGUAAAGAAAUGACAAAAAAAAACAGCUAUGUCUAGAAAAAGAAGUAUAUUAUAUUGGUGUAAUGUUCAGUAAGAUAUACUUUUUGUACCUAUCCGUUUUCGACACUUGACAAAAAUAUCAGUAUUUUUAUAAUAUAGAUCAGAUUUGUGUAGAAAAAUGCAAAAGUAUUAAAUUAAAAUGUUGUGUUGUCCCUCUAGUUGAAUCGAUAUGAUUCGUUAACGGAACGGCUCAAAACUUAAUAUCGAAGCUUUUAGGUAACUGUGUAAGUAAAUAUGUAGUAAAUAAACAAAAUCGAGCCAAUGUAGGUUUAAUAUUAACAAAAUGUACAAAUUCUUUCGUUUACAUGUUGUAAUGUGAUUGAAUGUUAACUUAUGUGUCAUCUAGAACGGUCUAUGAGUUUACUCAUAUUUCCAGUGUUGUGCUGCACUUUUUGCUUGAUUUAUCGAUUUGUUAUCGAUAGUUUAUAUUUUUUAUUGCAUAUAAAACAGAGUAGUACGUAAUUCUUGAUGGUUAUAAUACACAGGCUGACAUCAACACCAAUUAUAUCGAUGUUAUCAUGAUAUUGUGUUGACUUGGAGUAAUAAAAAACAUCGAUUCACAGUGGGGAUCUAGAAUUGCGUUGGAAAAGUAGUUUGACGCAACUAUACAAGUACGUAAUAAAAUAUGAUCCGAACUUAAGUAGCGAAGGGUGAUUGAUCACAAGUACUUUUGGUAAGAGGCCGUGUACCAAUCGGAUACCGUUACUCAUGUAUCAUUCUUAUAUGCAUAACUAAUAACAUUACUUUAAGAUGCUUCGUCCUACCUCAUCGCACAUAGGUGCUUGGUAUAAUUAGUUUCGAGUCCAAUGACAAUGUUAGUAAUGUUAUAGAAACCUUUGACUUUGUUUCUCGUAGAAAAUCUUCUCUAAAUGAACACAAACAUUAAUGUCACUCAAUAAUUUACUAUGACUUAGCUCCACAGUUAGUAAGUAUGGUCUCAACAUCUUUAUCACAAACUCAGACUAUUUUUUUAUGAAUGCAAUACGGGUUCCAAUCAGAUCUGCAUAAAACAUACUUUUAAUACGUAAUUAAAUUAUUUAUACCUCUAUUGUACAAUUUGCUUAGCUUUAAUUAAUCGAAUGUUAUAAAAUGUUACCUUAAAAUUAUUGAAUGCCAUUAUGGCGGGUCAUAGCUGUGUACAAUUUAAAAGCCAUGUAACAACUCACUGUUUACCUAUGUACCACAAUAAAGAAUAUUUGUAUUUGUAUUUUAUCUCUAAAUAGGUACUUAAUUGUUCCUAAUUUAAGGCCUAACUUUUUAUUUUUUGUUGCCAUUUUGAGUAAAUAAUUAUUACUUAGCUAGUCAACGUUUAGUCAAGUUAUUUAGCACUGUGUAUUAAAUAAUUAUGUACUAGGAUCUUAUGUAACAUAAGGAGGCCUCACAGGCAUUUUGAGUGAAAAUUGAAAUUCAACGAAAUUCACAAAUUAAAAGUUCAAAGAGCCUAAUAAAUAUCGCACUUGGUUAAUAUAUGCACUGCUCUUAGUUUAUUAUACCCUAGUACUUAUUAUAACGAAUUCCUUUAGUCUGUUUCUGAGAUUGUUGUUGAAAUAAAAAAAACAAUAAUAUUUUAGCAUAGAGAUAGAUUGGUUUUAUCAUGAAGCUUUUAUUAUAAUUAUUAAAAUGUUAGUUACCACAUAGCAAAUAAGAACACUUUAUUUUUAUAAAAAUAUCUACCUGAUGAGAUGCUUAUACCUGUUCUAGCUUAGCUCUUUUUGAAUUGUACCAAUAUGUUUUUUUAUAAGUUAGAGGUUUGUAUCAUGUCUAUUUUUGUUAUAAAAUGCGUAAACAUUGACUCAAAAACAAAUGGUAUGAACAGCAUACAGAUUAAUUUGCCUUUGAUCGAAUUAAUCCAAAUGCAUUGUUAAGGCAAGCUUGCAUCAUUAUUCACAUCUACAUAAGUACGUGUAGUAUGUAAAAUUCCACAGAGUGUUUUAGGAAAGUAGACAUGCAUAAUAUUAUGUCUAAAAGUAGUCAAAACGGUUAAUUGUUGAUGAUGAGUAGUGAUGCAUAGAAGCCAAAAUAAACAUUCAUUAAUUCAACAUUCUGCUUUGAGCUUAUAUAUGAACAUAUGAUUCUUUAUAAACAAAUGCCAUUCCUUAUAAACUUUAUUUUUAAGUAGCUUUUGCUAGCGGUUCCAGUCGCGUCUCGUGAGGAAAUAAAUGUUAUACCCUUUUUCAAUACAUACCAUAUUAAACAUACAUUUUGUCAUAUCGUAUAAUCAUCGGCUAGGAUAUUGAGCCCUGACCUUCACCUGCGCAGAAGUGAUUUGUUGGUUUAUUGCCAUAAGUGUACGGUGCGCAAAGCGAUCCCCACUCUUCCGCCGAGAGCUCAUUAUCCGUGCCGAUAACUAUACUUGUAUUUCCUAUGUGUACACCAAACUCUUCAGCUUUAUAUUUUUAGUAGAGAUAUAUCAUGUUUAUAUUUGAUUUAACUAAGUUCUAGUAUAUUUUUUAUAUUAUUUUAAUGGUUUAGCUUCUUUUACUAGUCAUCUGUCAAAAAUCAUUAGCUGACUGUGUUUAUUUAUUGUCAAUGUUGAUUAGUUGUAAGCACUAAGAGAUCGAUAUUAAUGGAUGCUGAGAAUAAAUGAAUUUCUAAAUUGAAA